AUGAGCAUUGAACAAUGCUACAAACAUAGAAAGUUCAGAAAUGUUUUUAAUCGGAGCAAAGACUACUCACCAUUAAAACAAAAUCCCAGUGUGUUUGACUUCUGUGAAAAAUCUUUGAACUCAGAUUUAAGUUUUGAAAAUCAGAGCAGAAACUGUGAUAUAAAGAACUCUGCUGAGCUGAGUGGCAGUGGUCAAUCCCUUCAUGAGCAUCAGAAAACUCUUAUGUGAGAGAAGCAUUAUACAUGUACUGAAUGUGAAAUAGCUUUCACUAGAAAGUAUCUACUCAUUUAUCAUCAACGAACUCACACAGGAGAGAAACCACAUGGAUGUGCUGUAUGAAGGAAAGCUUUCUCUACAAAGUCUAGUCUCACUGCCCAUCAGAAAAUUCAUAUGGGAGACAAACCUUACAUUUGUAGUGAAUGUGGAAAAGGCUUUAUUGAGAAGAGGCGUCUUGUUGGACAUCAUAGAACUCAUACCGGUGAGAAACCCUUCAUAUGCAGUAAGUGUGGGAAAGGUUUCACAUUAAAAGAUAGUCUGAUCACACAUCAGCAGAUACAUUCUGAAGAGAAACCAUUUGUAUGCACUUAUUGCCAAAAAAAGUUUGUCAUGAAGAGUGAUCUAAUUGCACAUCCGACUCACACUGGGGAGAAACCUUACACAUGCAAUGAGUGUGGAAAAAGCUUUUCCUCGAAAAGUCACCUGGUCAUCCAUCAUCGAAUUCACACAGGAGAAAAACCUUAUGUAUGCAAUGAAUGUGGAAAAGGCUUUCCGACAAAGGUACAACUUAUAAUACAUCAACAAACUCAUACUGGAGAUAAACCAUACACAUGCCAUGACUGUGGAAAAGGCUCUGCCUUAAAGAACCGCCUCAUUGUACAUCAGCGAACUCACACAGGAGAGAAACCAUAUGUAUGCAACGAAUGUGGAAAAGGAUUUCUGACAAAGACACGGCUGAUAAUACAUCAACGGACUCAUACGGGAGCAAAACCUUAUAAAUGCAACAGAUGUGGGAAGGGCUUUCCUGAGAAGAGUCAACUCAACGUGCAUCAACGUACUCACACAGGAGAGAAACCCUAUGUAUGCAGUCAAUGUGGUAAAGGCUUAAGUGAGAAAAAGAUGCUCAUUGCACAUCAGCGAGCUCAUAAUGGGGAAAAGCCGUAUCUAUGCAAUGAGUGUGGGAAUUGCUUCAUGAUGAAAAGUACACUAAGUAUACACCAGCAAACUCAUAUUGGGGAGAAGCCAUACAAAUGUAACGAGUGCAGUAAAGUCUUUGAGAAAAAGACCCGGCUUAUGGUACAUCAGAGAUCUCACUCAGGAAAGACCUCCUUUGCGUGUUCCGAAUGUGGAAAAUGCUUCUUGCACAAAAAUGAUCUGAUUACCCAUCAGCGAAUUCACACAGGAGAAAAACCAUAUGAGUGCAAUGAGUGCGGAAAAGCCUUCACUACAAAGUCUUGGCUCAAUGUUCAUCAAAGAACACAUACAGGAGAGAGGCCUUAUGGAUGUUGUGAUUGUGAGAAAGCCUUUACACACUUAUCAACCCUUGUUAAGCACAAGAGAAUUCAUUGUUAG